AUGGACCCAGGCGCCCGCGCAGCUACGACCACGAGCACUAAGCUCUUCAUUCCGCACCCUGUAGAUCCCAGUAUCACGAUUGUCGGAGUGUUGGAACAGCUUGCCCCGGGUGAGCACACGCGAGGGAGGAAGAUUGCAUUGAUCCUGCACGGCACGAUGGGGCACAAGGACUAUCUGUUUCAACGACGCCUUGCGCUGAAGCUGCCGCUUGAUUCGUUUAGAUUCGACUUUCGCGGCAAUCACGAAACGGGUGGCGUCUGGAAGCAAGGCGCGCUAGAAGAGGACCUCGAGGACUUGCAGGCUGUGGUCGAUUACCUGAAGGCGACGUACGGGUACGUCAUUGAGCUCGUCGUAGGGCACUCCCGCGGCGCCCUGGUCGCGUUCCGCUGGCUGGCGACGACGGAGGACGGACGCAAGGUGGCGGCGUUCGUGAACGCCUCCGGGCGGUAUAGAAUGGCUAAAAUUUACGAAUCGCCUGCUGUGAAGAUAUGGAAGGAGCACUUUGUUAAAGAGGGGCACUACAUCUGGAAUGUGACGGUUGCGCGAAAGCAGAUUUCAGCCAAGAUCACCCCCGAGGACGUGCAAGAUUUCGCGAGGUGGGAUACGACGUUCGUGUGGGACCGGUUCCCUCCUGGGAUGGACGUCCUGACGCUGCACGGCCUGGCUGAUAAGACCGUACCUCCGUACGACGCACUGAUCUACGCCGAAGCGCUCGGCGCUCGUUCACCCGGCACGCACACAUUGCACUUAAUGGAGGACGCCGAUCAUAAUUUCACCGGGCGCCAGGACGAUGUCGUCGAUGCCGUCCUGCACUGGUGGGACGUGCGCCGACGGGGCGAGCUGAAGACCGGGAUAUGGGUGCCUGCUAGCAUCAAGGGCAAGCUAUAA